GCACCCUUACCCAAAGCACACAAGCCUGGUCGUUGUGAAGGACCCUGGAUUGCUAUUGAAGUCUGAUGAAGAGCUUAGCGCACAAGGGGCUGAGGGCCCACAGGCUGUGCUCUACGAUUCAACUCGGAUCCACGUCGCCAUGUCUCGCGAUGUCUUCCGACACAUCAACUGGCUAUUGGGUGCGGCGCUGGCACAGGCGAGGCCCGGCCUCAAGGUGGCCGGUGUGACCAAUCGUCUCCGUUGCAUCCGUAGCCGGGCAUUGCUC